AUGAAUAACACAAAUUCGCAAAAGUGUAAACAAAAUUUUUCACAGACCAAAUGGAAGCGUUCUCACAUAGAAUGGAACUCCGGCGGUUUUGGUUGUGUCCUGUGCUCUGAAACUGAAAACUCUUCAAAUAAAUUGCAAAUUUGGAAGAAUGUAGUCAAACUAACGGAUACUUUGUUGGAAGCAAAUCCUUACAUCAACAUCACAAUUUCGACAUUUCCCCCCAACUGUGUGCAGAUGCUUUGUAAAUUUGUAUGUUUUAAUGGAAGAUCGAGCGAAAUUGAAUAUGACAUCAAUUUUGUGGCCGUAAAAAAUAAUAUCAGCUGUAAUCGCAUUGAGGAGUUACGCCUGUACAGCUAUGAAUUUCCUAACAACACAAUCCACUACGGGUUCUUGGGUGACUACAGGGACAAGGUGGAAAUUCUUUAUUUGGCCUCUUCGAACAUAAGCGACGUGGCGGCGGGUGCCUUUGCCAAUGGAGUCUUUCAGAAAAUCUAUUUUGAGAAUUUGAAAUUGGUGCAGAUGCGAAAAGACUUCUUUGAGGGCAUAUCAAAGGAUUUCCAAUCAUUAUCUGUAAUCCAGAGAGAGGAUCCUCUUAGUUUCGUAAACGGCGACUUUUUGGAUUAUGUCAAGUAUGACAUUAAAUAUCUGACAAUGCAGGUGGGCCUGUUCUGUGUGCAAAAUAUGACGGGAAGCGAGAAUCUGCUCAGCAAUUUGGUUUAUGUGGAUUUCAGUUACAAUAAUUUUGGCAGCAGCCUCACCGACGCCAAGUUUAGCAAAUUGUCCAUGGUGGAGCACAUGGACCUGUCGCAUUCCAACUUGGAAUUUCUGCCGGCCUAUAUAUUUGCUGGCUUCACCUCCACCCUGGAGUAUUUGGAUUUGUCGCAUAACAAGUUGAAGACCAUUACGCGCACUAUCUUCGGAUGGCAUGAAAUACCGAGGGAUAUGAAAAUUUACGCCAACGACAAUGAGUGGGAGUGCUCGUGUAGCCUGCAAAAGGACAUGAAGGAUAUUUUUGUUUACCAGACCACAAAACUGGUGUGCUCCGAUCCGCAGGCCUAUGCCAAUUGGGAUGUGUUUGAUGACCGCAUAUGUGAGGCAAAUGCGGUUGAGAUAACCACAACCACGUCCAAGUAUAUUCUGAGUUCUUUACCUCCCAUACAUGAUUAUGAGUUUGACAGGGUUUCUUCAAGAACAACGACUACGGAGCUCAUAAUCACCACAACACCCUCUGAAGACUCAUCAAUACCAUCGUCCACACCCGGCCUGGUAGAAUUGAGAUGUUCAACGGGUAUGCAAAAGGAUGAUUAUGUCAAACAACAUUUGAAAUGGCCUUUGGUGGACUUCACGCUACGUCUUAGGGAUGAAUUAGAAGUGGAUGUUAUCAUAGAUAGCUCUGAGAGCAGUUUAAUUUCAUCGGGCUCCUCCAGUUCUUCAUCAUCGCAAGAGAUGCUUAGCGAGACUAUUGGACUGAUUUGGUUCAACAAGGUCACCACUCAAUAUCAGAAAAUGGAAGUCAACUACAAAGAAUAUGGGCUAGGCUGUUACAAAUCACUAUCCUCGGUGACCACGGUCAGCGAAUUGAUACCCAAUAUGGCCUAUACAUUUUGCAUGGUGCUGCACGAUCAAACGACCAUAUCGCCUUUCAACUGCAAAUCUAUACAAGUGGGUAGUAAUUUGUCCAUUCAGAGCAGUGCUUGGAUUACCCGCGACAUGAAGGUCACUGGCUUAUCUCUGGUUGUAUUCGGAAUUGUCAUUUUCUCAUUUGCUGGUAUUCUUAUGAUCUAUUUGUUGCUGAAACAUAAACCGAUUCUUUUAAAGGGCAGCAAACGGGUCACCAUGGCAAGCUGCCAUAGCGGUGACAUUGUGGUAAUGCCACGGGCGAAAUCGAUUAAAUCUAUAAAGGAAAAGGAAAGCCAAUUGGCGAUAAAAAGCCCCCUUCCACAUGACAGAGGACGUCGUAAAUCCACCGAGAGCGUUGCCAGCUAUCAGAGUUAUAUGAAUGCCAAUCUUUAUGAAAUCAUACCGGCUUACACGCAAAUUGAAAAUAAUAACAGCAAUGGAACAGUGAAUUCGGAAUCUUCAACUGGCAUUAAGAUGCCAGCCUCAAAUACAUUACCGAAUUCUGACAUAGACAAUGCUUAUCUCACACCAUUGCAGACUGUCUCAAGUACAGCAGAUUUAAUGAACUAUGCCGAAAUACCAUAUCGUUCGAAAAGAGUGUCCAAUGAUCCUCUUCCAGAAGUUCCAGCCGAUCAAGAGCCAUUUUAUGGUGUUUCGCUUAAGGAUAAGGGGUAUCCAAACAUUGGUGUUGUCUACAUGCUAGAUAGCCAAGUGUAGGUGAUAGAUGGAGAGUAGGGGGUUACCAAUCAUUGACGAAUUUAAUGUGAAAUAUUUCUUUUGGUAUUUGAUUUCUGUGGUGUUUUCGAUAUAAAAACAAAAGUGGUCUCUCCACUUAAAGUAAAAUACAUAAAUCUAAA